CCGGAGCUGAUCCCAUCACUCUACCUUGUCUACACAAGGAGUGCGAAUUCAGAAACAACCAGCAGCAUGCACUCAACACUCAACCGCGCGCAAGCGGUCUUCGGAUUCUUCACGACAGUCGCCCUCUUCGUCGCCGGGUUCGCUGCGCUCUCGGUCCUUGUUUUCCCAACCGAUAACGUGACGGCCGAUGUUCAAUUGAAGGAUGUUAAAGUAAUUAAGGGACGACCUCACUACUACGCAACUAAGAAAGAAGAGUACGCGCAGAUCAGGUUUGAUCUGGAUGCCGACCUCUCUCCUCUCUUCAACUGGAACACAAAACAACUCUUUGUCUACGUCUACGCCGCCUACUCCUCCUCAGACGACCCAUCCGCAACUCCCCAAUCCCAAUCUAUCAUCUGGGACUCCAUCAUUGAAGCCCCCGAAUCACCGUACUCCUUCCGGAAUCUCCGCGAGCGAUUCCUCUCUACAGGCGGCAAGAGCUCCGCCGCUCGCAAGGCCUCGAAUAAGAACAAGAAGAACAGCAACAGUAAGACCAAGAAGGCGGAACCCACCCCUGGUGUCCUCCGUCUCCGCGACCAGAAGAGCAAGUACCAGAUCAGUGAUAUCACUGGGAAGAUGGCAGAACGGUCGAACGUGACGCUGGCUGUUGGGUGGAAUGUACAGCCCUGGGUUGGGGCGCUGUGGUGGGCCCCUGGGACCGGCGCGGUGCCUAGGACGGAGGGGAAGACGGGGGAGACCAAGGCGUUUGCUUUUCCGGCAUUGAAGGGAUCAAAGCCCAAGGGGGAGCAGGCGGCUUCGGUUUAGCGUGCUAGUAAUUAUAAAGAAAGAGGUUAAAAUAUGAAUCGAACGAAUGGAUCUAUUUUUUUCUAUUGUGGAACUGGGUCUUCAUUAAUAUAGAUUGAUUGGCCUUAUCAUGGAUACGAUACGCAGGAGCAGGACGACGAACGGCGGCAAUUAACCGAUAAAAAACAAUCUUUAGAAUCCAACAAAGUGCCAAUCGAAACUCUAGCCAUCCGACAUUUAAUCAAGAAACAGUUCCAUAGUUUGGCCCAUAGUUUGGCCCGUAGCUUGGCCCAUAG